AACAUAAUUCUUGAAAAGUAAGAUGGCCGACACAUUGGGCAAAUUUCUUCAAUUUUGAUUUUGUGAAUUAAUUUUUUUAAUCUACUUCUAAUUAAAUUAAUUGUCAGUUUAUAUUUUGUAGAAUGAGUUACCAUGAUGGAAGAAAGUUGUUGUGAUUGUAAUUCAUGUGAACCGGACGGUUCCUGCCGGCCCUUUUUAAUUGAGUGAUUGCAAGUGUCACCAGUUAGUGUGUGUGUGUAUAUACAAAAAUUUUUUUUUUCUUGUUGAGAGCGAGGGAGAGUAAAAGAAAAAAUUAUAUUAUUAUUAUUAUUAUAAUUAUUAUAUUAUUAUUGAUAUUAUUAUUAACUUGUGAUUAUCAAAGGCUCAACCUUUUCAGUGAUUUUAAAGACCCUCUAAAAGUUGAUCAAAAUUUAAACAAAAAAAACUAAAGAUCACUACAUGAAUCCUAAUGGAAAAUCAUAUGGUCUUUUGUUCAGUUAAGGAUGAAUUCCUGUUGUCCCAAGAUUUAUGUGUUAUCUGUGGAAGCUUGGGUAAAGGUGAAGAAGGAUGGUUAAUCAUAUGUUCUCAAUGUGGUCAGUGUUAUCAUCCUUAUUGUGCUAAUAUUAAAGUAACUAAGGUUAUAUUAAGUAAAGGUUGGAGGUGCCUUGAAUGUACUGUUUGUGAAGGCUGUGGCAAAGCUAAUGAUGAAGGUAGGUUACUACUUUGUGAUGAGUGUGACAUAAGUUACCAUACAUAUUGCCUCGAUCCACCCUUGGAUGAUAUACCAGUCGGGACAUGGAAGUGUAAAUGGUGUGUAGUGUGUAUAAAAUGUGGUUCCAUAUCUCCCGGGGUUAAUUCAUUGUGGCAAAAAAAUUAUACCGAAUGUGGCCCUUGUAGUAGUCAAACUUCAUGUCCAGUGUGUUACGCAGAUUAUGUUGAAAAUGAUCUCAUAAUUCAGUGUAUUCACUGUAAACGAUGGUUACAUUCGAAAUGUGAUGGGAUGAGCAAUGAAGAUGAUUGUGAAGGUGCCGCAGAUUAUGGUUAUAAGUGUAUAUUAUGUCGCCCUAAAGAUGAACCAUCCGCUCAUUUACAAGCUCUUAAACUCAAUGCAAUGCCAACGAAAAGACUUAGAGCUUUAAGUAUUGAAGGUAGCCUAGGAGGAACAGGCAAUGUUUCACGCGCAUCUCCUUUAAUUUCGCCUCGUUCUUCUGUUGAUUCCGUCUCUGGUAAAUUGGCCAGUUCUCUUGAUAAUAAUAAUGGGUCCAUACCAUUUCUUGUUAACGGAAAUGUUUCAUCAAAUGCAAUUAAGGAUGCAUCUUGUACAGGUCGUGAUUUGGUACCAAAUGUUAAUGCAUCAUCGACUUUUUCUUCUCAAGCUUCUUUGGUGCCUUCUACUGAAUCAUCUGCAAAUUCAUCAGCUUUAAAGUCAAAUAAUAACAAAUAUCAAAGUCAAUUUAACCUUGAUGGUGUACCUUUGUCUGAAGGCGGCAUGUUGCUUAUAAAAUCUCUUCUAUUAGAAGCACCUAAAAGACCGAGAGCGAAAAGAUCAAGUAAAGCUAACCUGGCAAGUGGAGAUGGUGAAGAUGGUAGAGAUGAAGAUAAUGAAGAUUUUAAAAUGACGGAAGAUGGUUCUUCCAGUAAGAUCGAUCUAUUAGACGCUAAUGAUAAGAAGAAAAUUGGGAGACAGAGGAAAAUUCAACGAUUGGGAAUUGGUGGUUUCUGUGUUAAAAAUCGUACCCGUUGGAGUAAGGAUGAUGAUGGUGAAGCAAUUGAAAAUGCUCCAGCUGAGCUUGAAUCAAGUGGAAUACAAAGUGAAAAACCUAAAAGACGAAGAAGAAUGAAGAAAAAGAGUCAACUUCAUGACAGUUUUCCUUCAUAUCUUCAAGAAGCUUUUUUUGGAAAGGGUUUACUAGAUUCAAGUAAAGAGCCUCCUUCAAACGUAUCAGACCAAAUUAGUUCGGUGCCAGAAUCAAGUAUCAACUCUAAAUGUCCACCAUUACUUGAUGAAAGUUCAUCUCUUUCAACUAGAAUAACAAACGACCAAAUGGUUACAUUAAAUCGUUCUGAUACUCCCAUAACUAAGUCACCCUUCACUAAGGUUAAGCUAAGUGAAACUCGUAAAUCGUCUGAUGAUGCAUCUAAUUCAGUAACAAUGGACGACGAUGAUUUGAAUGGAUUGUUACCUCAAGAUCUUCCACAGGAUGACGAACUGAUGAAUAUCCUUUAUGAAGAUGAUGAUCUCGAUAAAACUGAUGAAGUUCUCGGUGAUACUCCAAUUGUAGAUAAAACUGUUAAUGAUUCUAAAGUUGAUGGUAUUGAUUCAGUUAUAUUAAAUACCAAUUUCAAUUUGGAAACAAUUGUUGUGGAUAGUGGAUUACCCCAUAUGGAUAGUAAAGACGUUGAAGAUGUGUUUCAAGGUGUUUUAAGUCAACCCCCAGUUACUGUAAAUGACCAAAAUCAAAUUAUCGAUGAAUUUCCUUCAUUUACAUCUUUAUUGCCAACAACAAUUAAUAACUCUGUUGUCACUUCAGUCAAAGAUACAACAGGGCCAAGACAAGUAGAAAUGAUCGUUGAUCGAUCUAAUCAAAUUAAACAUCAUCACCAACAACAACAACAACAACAUCCUCAUUCUCACCCUCACCCUCCUCAUCCUCCUCCACCAUUACCAUUACAGCAACAAUUACAACAUCAACAAAUUUUACAGCAACAACCUCAACCUCAUCAACAACAUUCACAGCACAUUCAUCCUCGACCUCAACAUUCACAUCUUCAUCAACUUCUUCAGUCUCAACCACAGUCUCAGAUUCAUCCACAUCAACAGCAUCCUCAUCCGCAUGGACAACAUCCUCAGCAUCAACAACAACAACAAUUACCCCAUCAUAUGCCACCACAAUCUCAACCACAACCGCAACUCCAGCAGCAGCAACAGCAGCAACAACAACAACAGCAACAGCAACAGUUACAACAAAUGUCACCCUCAACUCUGGCCAUUAGACCGACAACAUUUAAUCGUGAACCCAUCAGGAUGCCAGCAAAUACAUUCCUUCAAUCACCAGGAAACAAUUCACCAGUAGUGGAAUCACAAUUUUCUCUUCGACCACCUUUCCCUGGACCACAGCCUCAACCUCCUCCUCCUCCUCCACCACCACCAGUACAGCAACAACCUCAACUUCAACAACAGCCACAAAUCAGAGCAAUAUCUUCUCAACAGCUUCCAGUGCCACCACCUCCAUCCAAAGUGCAAACUCCCACUGAGGAAGAACAGAAAUUACAAAAGUUAGAAGAUGAAGAAGCUCUUGGUCCAAAUGCAACCAUCUCAGCUGUAUUAUAUGCCAACAUUAAUUAUCCCGAUCUUAAAAAGGAUUAUCCUGACAGCAAUGAGCGUCAUAAACAAAUAUUCAAAUUUUGGCGCCAAUUGUCUGAUGAAAACCGAUCUCCGUUUCGUCAAAAGGCCAAAGAAAAUCGCCAAAAUCGAGCGCAAAAAGCUCAACAAGAGCAAAAUAAGGGAAGUUACAAAGAUAAUAGGCCUAACAAUAUUAUUAAUGUUCGUCGUGAAAGCGAUCAAGAAAUGCAAUGGAAACAAGUGCAAAAUGCUCGUCAGCAACAACAAAUGCAAGAACAACAAUUACUACAAGAACAGAGGCAACAAUCACUAUUAACUGUACAGAAACCGGGAUCAUUUGAUAAUGAUCAUAAAUUAACUAAUAGUUUUGGUAAUGAAAGUCAAGAAAAUAAUAACUCAGUUUAUCUGCCUCAGAAUCCUAGUGAAAUUGAUGGUAAUCAACAAUUUUGUCUUUCGGGAGAUGAACCGUACGGUCAACAACAUGAUCCUAGUGUAACUUCAACUGCUCCAACAAAUGAUUCCUCUAAUUUGAUUAGAUCAACCACUUUAACACCCUCUAGUCCGAUGAUUGGACAACAUCAGAGACUGCCUUUAACUGGACCUCAAAAGAGUCCUCUAAUUGUGUCUAGAGUUAGGCCACCGAUAGAUCCUAAUAGAAUCGCUUUCCCAACUGGAAACUCUCAUCCAGAAGGAUAUCGACCAUCUUUGAUGCAACACCUUCCAACUGGGGUAACUUGUGCACCAUCAUCUCCAGCUAAUCAGUAUCCUCCUCGUGUUAAUUUGGUAGACAAUUAUCAACCACCAACACCAAGACCUCAAUUAAAUGAAACUUAUUCGAGCAAUAACAAAUCCAAUGUGCAACAAUUACAACAACAACAACAGCAACAGCAGCAACAACAACAACCUGUUCAUCAUCCUAAUCCUUACAUUCAGCAACCCGGUACUCCUGUUCCUGCUAAUAGUCCUUUCUCGCCGAAUACAAAUAAGUCUUGUCCAACUCCUGAUCCAUAUUCUCAAACUCCGUCUACACCAAGACCAAUUGCUCAAUCACCAAUGGCUACUGCUGGUCAAGUGCCCCAAAUGGGAAACGAUUCUUUCUCACCAUCAACUCCCACUCAACGAAUGACACCUUCAAGAUCUUCGGAUCCUUAUUCACAGGAGCCUAACACACCUCAGUCUCCUUCAAUUUCAGUGAGCUCUCAUCAACCUGAUUUCAUGCAGUCUCAAGUAGCGACAAUGGUACAAUCAGUACCAUCAGAUCCAUACUCUCAACCACCAAUGACACCGAGACCUCAAUUUGAUAAUACAUAUGCACGACAAGUUUCCACUCCACGAACACCAUCUAUGGUUGAUCCUUAUGCUCGGCCAAUCGGUACACCAAGAUCGAAUCUGUCUCCACAAGAUCCAUAUUCUUAUCAACCGCCAACACCGAGACAAGGUCCACAAAUGGGUCCUCAUCAUAAUCAACUCAACAGACCGCUGCUUAAUCAUCCAGGCAGUACAGAGAUAAUGCAUCCACCAUCACCUUCCACACACCGAAUGACUCCAUCUCGGUCUUCUGAUCCAUAUGCCCAACAACCUGCCACUCCACAGUCUCCGGCAACAACACAAAGUGUUGCACAUUCACAAGACUUUAAUCAAAUUCAACAAACAUCAGAUCCUUACGCUCAGCCUCCAAUGACACCUCGACCACAAUUGUACGAUAACAAUAAUCCUUAUUCAAGACAAGUACCUACACCAAGAGCUUCAUCUAUGAAUGAUACUUAUGUCAGGCCGAUGGGUACUCCUAGGCCACAAAUGCCUCAAGAUCCGUAUGCUUACCAACCAGCAACUCCACGGCCUGGAUUCCAAGCAUCUUCUCACCAUGGUCCAUCUGUUCAAGUACAACAAUCUAGAGUAAAUGAAACAAUGCAUUCGCCAUCAUCAACACACCGAAUGACACCUUCACGGGUUGAUCCUUAUUCACAACAGCCAACUACUCCUCAGUCACCAUCAGUUUCAACGAGUUCUCAUCAACAACCCGAUUUCAAUCAAUCUCAACCAAAUGUUUCAUCGUCCGUUUCAUCAGAUCCUUAUGCUCAACCUCCGAUGACUCCAAGACCACAGCAAUAUGAUAAUAAUAAUCCUUAUUCUAGGCAAGUUUCUACUCCAAGAGCAUCUAAUAUGAAUGAUCCUUACGCUCGUCCAAUCGGUACACCAAGGCCAAAUGCUCCUCAAGAUCCAUAUGCCUAUCAACCGAUGACUCCACGACCAGUUUCACAUCUUCCAACUCAUAUAGCUACUCAAGGACCAGUUGGUGCUCAGCGACAUCAUUCAGGAAGUUCACAGUCUUCUCCAGCCCCUCAAAGUCCUAUUGACCCAUAUGCACAACAACCAAUGACACCAAUGCCCUCACCUCAUGGUUUUGAUAAAGGACCUUUAACUCCGACGUCUUUUGGGCCAGUUAAUCAAGACAAUUCUAAUGAUAUUCAGGCACAAAAUCGUGAUUUACUUCAAAAACAAAGGCCUCGUUCUGAUCAGCCAGAAAAUAACAUUUCUUGGAAUGAUCAACUGCAACAACAACAACAUCAACAACAGUUACAACACCAACAACAACAGAUGCAACUUCAACACCAACAUCAACAACAACAACAGCAGCAACAACACCAACAACAUCAACAGCCACAACAGCAACAAGCAAAUUAUGGCUCUAUGAAUGUGCCUUUGGGUCCUCAAUCUCCUCGGAUGCAAACCGAUGGAUUCAGACCACCAUUUCCACCAGGAACUAUUCCAAGACAAAGGAUGGUCACUAAUCCUGGUUAUCAAGUGUUCAGACAUCCAGGUGAUCCCCGAAUGCAUCAUUUGCAACGAGGACCAGACCCAAGAGGUGUUCGUGUUCCUAUGGUUUCUUCACAACCUUACCCUCAACAACCACAACAACAGCAACAACAACCUUUAUCCCCUCAUUUACACCCUCAACAACAACACCAUCAACAACAAAUGGUUCGAGGUGGACCACCUUCACAACAGCAACAACAACAAUGGGCUAGAAUGCAAAGACCACAAAUGGGCCCGAUGACUUCUCAUCAAUUGCAAAUGCAAAGGAUGCAGAUAAUGCAAGGAAUGAAACGUGUCCCAGCUCCUCUACAACCACCAAGUUCACCCUCUUCUCCCUCCCUUGCUAUGCGGCCAAAUCAAACUCAAUCUCCUCACCAUCACCAAUCACCUCAAACUGAACAUUUCAGUUUCAGCCAACCAAACAGUGCUAACAGUAGCUCUGCUCCCUCUCCGACUGGAAAGCCAGCUACAAAUCCUCAAUUUGCUCCAAACCAGGCAAAUAUCUCAUCAUUUAAUCAGCAAUCUCAAAACAGUGCCAAUAUUGCCGCCGUCAAUCCAGGGGAAAUCGUUUCAAUGGAUAGGGUUGUCGAAGUUCAAGUUGUGCCCUCGACGGGUCAACGUGAUGCAUCCAUCACCAAGUCUCCUUCUAAAUCUGAAGAAGAUGUUAAAACUCCAUUCACUAUCGAACUAGUCAAACAUGUACAAGAAUCCGUUCUUAAUGAAGAGGAUGCUGCUCCUGAAGAUUUAGAUGAUGAUGAAUUAUUAGGUCUUGGUAAUGAUUUUAAUAUCUUAGAAUAUGCUGAUCCAGAGCUUGAUCAAGUUAUUGGAGGUGCAGCAGGAAGUAAAAAUAAUAUUUUCGAUGAACAUUUUGAUGAAAUCUGUGAUAAAGACGAGGAUGGUGAGAAAGCUAAAGCAGACAAUGAGGAUCAUAAAGGUCCAGGUAAAUUUAAUCCAAGUGAAAAAGAGUCUGAGAACAAAAAAUCUAGUGAUGAAACGAGUGUUUCAGUCAGUGGCAAUCUAAUCAAAGAAGAGACAAUGAAAUCACUUGAUACCUCUUUGGUGGUCAUUCCUCCAACAUCAACUGAUAUAAGUUCAAAUAUGCAUCCACCACCUCCUCCAUAUCCAGGAACAUCAAACAGUUCACUUCCUCCACCUUAUCCCACGAAAGCUGGUCCACAACAGUCUCAUGGGUUUCCACCAAUGGAAGAACCUGUUGCUUCUGGAUCGGGAUUACUUCGCUCUCAAAUUCCCACCUCUGGUCCAAUGCCCGCUCCUCAUGGAGAUGGUUUCAUUGGCCAAGGUGAUGCUUUAUUAAGUGACUUAGAAUUUGAAAGACUCAAGGCUGAAAUAUUGUCUGAUGACACUUUAGCUACAGUUACAGCUGGACCAUUAAUACAAAACUCACUGAUAACACCAAAUAUUCAACCACCACCACCACAACCUCCUCAGCCUUCAUCUUCCUACGGUCAUCAAGUACCACAACAACAUCCAUGGUCAGAGGUUCAUAAAGAUCCACGAAUGCCCCAAAUACAUCAACAACUUCCUCCCCAAGGAGCUGGACAACAACACUAUUUAGGACCACGCCAUCCAGGUCAACGUCACCCUGUGAUGAUGUUCCAAGGACCACCGCCUCCUCGAAUGGCUGGUGCAUAUGCCAUGCAACAGAACCCCCGUCAACAGACUCCUCACAUGAAUCAUAUUCCAAUUAAUCAGCCUGGUAUGAUCUCACCGAAUACUAAUCUUCAAAGUCCAACGUUGAAUCCACCACAGUCUCAUCCCUUUGGUUCAAAUGCUGGGCCACCUACUAACCAACCAAAUGUUCAACCACCAAGUGACCAAUUUCAUGGUAAUCAAUGGAAUAAUCAACAGCCACCACCACAGCAGCAACCGCAGCAGCCACAAACUCUUGCUGAACUUCAGAAGACUCUUGAAGCCGAGAAAGCGAGAUUAUUAAAGGCAAAGAAAACAAUAAACGCUCGUCAGAGAGCAAGAAAAAAGAAUGGCAGUGAACUGUCAGACACCGAUCAAGCUGAUUUGGAUAAAAUAAAUGCUGAGCGAGAAAGCAUCAGGAAAAAGUUAGAGGCUGUCAAGAAACAACAAAAACAACAAAUGCAACAACAACAACAGCAGCAAAAUCAAUUUCAACACCAACAUACACAACGUCACUCUCAACAACAGCAACUUAAUAAUGCAACUGUGAUUACUACACCAACGGAUUCGAGUGAUGUUGGAGAGGCACGAACAUCUUUCCAGUUACAUUUUGAAGAACAAGGAAGUGGAGUUGACAAUGACGCUGUUAAUGACCCUUUAAUUGAGAAGAAAACUUCGUCAACUGAACAUGGUAUCAAUCAAGAAGGUCAAUCGAGUGGAUUGAAUCCAUUAACAGGGCAAAAUCCAUUGAAUCCAAAGGCUGAUGCUAAAGAUUCAUCAACUAAAAUUGAAAAUAAUGUUGACCAACAAUCGGGACAACUUGAAACACCAAUGGAGAUUGAUAGUGAUCAUCAAAACGAGAUGCCAAAGCAGCUGAUGAAAGAUAAUCAAUCUGUUAAUGAACCAGUGAUGUUAAUUGCUGAAUCGACUAAUGUUGUAAAUAUUUCACAUGAAUCUCCUUUGCAAACAUCGAGUACAAAAGAGCUUAGCCAAUCUCAUCACAAUGAUAUUUCUAAUUUGGUUUCAUCAACUAAUAUGGUUAAUCGUAUUGACCAUCAGAUUAAACAAGAGAUGAUCAAUUCUGAUCAACCAAGACCAAUGGAGAUUGAGAAAGUUGAUCUAGUGAAAAGUAAUUUUUUAGAGCAAACUCUUCGUUCAAAUGAUCGUAUCAACUCAAUCCAAGGAUCAAUUUUACUGGAUAAAAAUAAGAUCUACUCUAAGGUUGAAAAGCCAGAGACUUCACAUAUGAUCAAUAACGUGAAUUAUGUUCAAUUGGUUAAAACAGAAACAUCAACUAAUCAACAACAAUCAACUGAAAACAAUUCAAUAACAAUAAAUUCAACUGAAAUCAAAAUCAAUCAAAAACCAAAUAUUGAUAAUGUGGACAACAAAUUAACUCAAAAUGAAUCUUUGCACAGGACUUUGAAUCAUCUCCCAGCUGAUAAAAAUAAUCCAGUCGAAUUUAAUCAAACAACUAUUACUCGAACUGAGAUUAACAUUCUAACUAAUCCAACAGUCACUCAAUUAACUGAAAGUAAACCAACUAUUGAUACAUUAAACAGUUCGAGGUUUGUAAAAGAGGAAAAAGAAGACCAAGUUUUGAAGUCUGAUACUACAACCAAGGUUAAUCCAGUUUUUUAUGAUAUUAGUAAAGACCUUACUAAUAAUCGUUUGCAAGUUACUGACCCAUCAAGUAACAAUAAUAAUGUUGGCCCUAACCGAACUUACUCCAAGGGUUAUGUGUUGUUGAAACAGUUGUUAAAAGAUUGUCAGUCUGCUGAUUCCCAGAGUUCAAGUAGUUCAAGCUUAUUGCCGGAUCAAACUGAAUUCAAUAUAUCAUCGAAAGAUAAUGAAAUCUCUCUCGAACUCAAACCAAAACCUAUUCCAGUGAUUCCGAUUUCAGAAACCAAAACUCCUUCAAUACCAACAAGUGAAGCUGUUACCACCCAAGCUUCAAUUGUAAAUAUUUCAAUUGGUCAAGAAGUUAACAAAAUUCAGCCUAUUCUUAUACAGACCUCGGUACCAACUAUGCAAUUACCUUCACAAAAUCAAACUGUUUUAUCUCAACAAUUGACUCAGUUUCAACGUAAACCACAAUCUCAACCAUCAGUCCAACUACAGUUACAGCCUCAGCCUCAACCACCGAUUCAACUUCAACCUCAAACGCAGCCACAGCCAUCAACACAGACUCAACCACAAGUACAAACACAAAUUCAAAUCCAACAUCCACCUCAAGUUUCAGUGCAAUCUAUUCAACCGCAACUUCAACAAGCUUCACAGCCACAACCGCAGCCUCAGCCUCAGCCUCAGCCUCAACCUCAACCUCAGUCUCAGUCUCAGCCACAGCCACAGCUUAUUAUAAGACCAAAUCAAAAUCAACAGCCACCUCAACAACCCAUGCUUCACCAGCAGCAGUUGCAAACUCAACAACUACAGCAACAAUCUCAAGUACAGUUACAGGGACAACAACAACAGCAACAGCAACAGCAGCAGCAACAACAACAAUCGUUUCCUUAUCAACAUCAUCCACAACAAGUAACUCAACAUCCUCAGUCGCAGCAAUUUAAUCAACACCAAUUUCAACAUUUAGUGCAACAACAUCAACAUUUACAGCACCAACCUCAGAUACAGUUACAGCAAAUUCAAUCAAAACUUCAAGUUCAACCUCAGCCAUCAUCAACACCUCAGCAACAGCAAAUACAACAACAACAACAACAACAACCGCAAUUGCAACAGCAACAGCAACAGCAGCAACAACAACAACAACAACAACAGAUACCUCAGAGUCCGAUGACUGUGACAAAGAAAAAAGUAUCAUCUCUUGAUAUACGACGGGCUCAACUAGAACGAGAGCCGACUCCUCCACCGGAAGAGAUUAAACCGAAAAAGAAAAGACCAGGAAAACGAAAAGAGUCUAAAGUAAAUGAACCAGGAGGAAUACCCAAAAAGAGAUCUAGAAAAUCAUCAACUAAUCGAAAUGAUGAAAGCUACGAACUAUACAUAUCAAAUUUAAUGACUCAAUUAAGAAAAUUAGAGCCUGUCCAGGUACAAGAGCCUGAAAUUAGUCCAAAUUACAAUGUUUGUCCAAUUGUAGGAAGUGGUGAUCUUAAUGCAUCCCAAUCAAGUUUAAAAGGAGUCUAUGGUAGAGCUUAUAUUCCAGGUAACCAUGAUCACUAUUCAACUAAAAGUCUGAAAAAAUUAAUUCCCGGACAAACAUCGGCUUUAAUUGAAUCAUCAUUACCACAAAAUCGUUCAUCUGAGCGUAGCUGGUACAGUCAAGAAUUUUCAUCCAAUACUUUACAAGGAUCUCAAUUUAUUUUUGGUCAAAUUAAUUCAUCAACUCAACGACUGAUUCGAGACUGUGAUAGUCCUGAUAGUGUAAUAUCAUCAUCGUCCCCUGAAUGUUGUCUUUACGAAGAGUCUGAUUGUUGGUUCAAAGUGUUACCAGCUUUCGAGGAUUGCGAAGAGGAUAAACCUAAUGAAGAAAGUCGAGCCUCCCCUUCAAUACCCUUAUUAAGACCGAUCCCAUUGAAACUUGUCAAAUCUUCAUCGAGUCAACCGCUUUGUGAGAAGACAAGUGAUUCAAUCAUCAACAGACUUUCGCCUUGUUAUUCAGAUGUUGAUCCGAACAAGGAAAAUGUUGACCGAGAUACUCUUGCUUUGAAUAGGAAAAAAGUUUCUUCCUCUCGAGCCCCUUUAGUGCCAUCUCCAGAUUCGGGAAAUAUUCCUGUUAUUUUGACCUUAUCCUCUUCCGAUGAUGUUGAAUCUGUUUUAUCACGAGUAGCUGAUAUGCUUCAAAUUAAGAUCCCUUUACGUUGGGAAGUUGUUGAUCGAACCACAUCACCAUGUUCAUCUGAUCAGAAACAAGAUAAUUGUAUAGAUGAUAAUAGCAAUAGAAACGAAGAUGCUGAUAUGGACAGUAUUCUUGGCGAGAAUAUGAAAUUUUGUCGUUUCUGUGAAGUUGUUGUUAUCAAUACUGGAUUUAAGAAAAAGCUUAGCGACUUUCCACCCUCAGCUCGUGAAGAUUCAGACGAAGAGGAGAUCACUUUUUGUAGUACAAAUUGUUACAUGAAAUUUGUUCUUUCCCAUGGAUCUGCUUCCCAAUCAGAACAUAAAGAAGCAGGACCCGUUGUAGGUCAUUGGGGCGAUCAAUCAAUUAGCGAUGACCAAUUAAUGCAUGAAACACCAAUGGACAUUUUACCACCAAUGAGUCCAAUGAUGGAGGAAGAUGAAAUCAAUGAGGGAGAAAGUCGCUCGAUAACAAUGUCACCCACCCAAUUAACAUCUUUAACACCAACCGAGAAAGACGGUAAACGGCGACCGUGGACAGAGGAAGAUCCUGGUAGAUCAUCAUCAGCUGGAUCGUCGACACAAUCUAAACAAUGGUUUGGAGUUAGAUACAAACUUUGGAAAUCUGAUUUAUUCGAAGAGCCAAAAAGACCGGAACCCGAGAAUUCAAAUGAAUUUUAUCCAAAGAUUAAAGAAAAUUUUGAUAUGUCUUAUCGACCCAAAGUGUUACCAACUGAUGUUCGUAAAUGUGUUUUGUGUCAACUCAAUGGAGAUGGUAAAACUGACGGAAGUGCUCGACUUUUGAACAUGGAUGUUGGUAAAUGGGUUCAUUUAAAUUGUGUCCUCUGGUCACCCGAAGUAUUUGAAACAUGUAAUGGAUUUUUGAUUAACGUUGAUGCCGCUUGUCGACGAGGGAUAACAACUGAAUGUAUAAGGUGUCAUAAAGUGGGUGCAUCAUUGAAAUGCUUUAAACCAAAGUGUACAAGUGUUUACCAUUUUCCAUGUGCGGUUGAUGAUCGUUGCAUUUUUUACAAGGACAAAUCAAUUUACUGUCCACAACAUAUUCCCAAAAAGAAAGAGGUUAUGGAAAGUUUUACUGUUCCUCGUCGAGUUCAUGUUCAUCGUGAUGAGGAUAAACAAAUGGCUCGAAUGAUCAAUUCUGAUGGAACAAACUUGAUGCGAAUCGGAAGUCUAGUAUUUUUAAACAUUGGUCAACUAUUACCACAUCAGUUAUCCUCUUUCCAUAGCCCGACCGCCAUUUAUCCAGUUGGUUACAAGAUCAAUAGGUUUUAUUGGAGCAUGAGAGAGUUGACCAAACGCUGUAAAUACAUUUGCAUGAUCCAGGAAAAGGAUGGGCGACCUGAGUUUGUUGUCGAGGUUGAAGAGGAAGGUUAUGAAAAGGUUGUUUAUCGAGCUGAUUCACCUAAAUCUGUUUGGAAAGACAUUUUAUCGGCAAUUGUUAAGAUCAGAGAGGAUGCAGGUAUAAUUAAAGUUUUCACCGAAUUCAUUACCGGAGAGGAUCUUUUUGGCCUUUCAGAACAUUCUGUGAUUCGAAUUUUAGAAUCAUUACCUGGUGUUGAUAGUUUAAGUGACUACAAUUUUCGACACACUCGAUCCGAUUUACUAGAAUUACCUUUACCCAUCAAUCCAACUGGUUGUGCUCGAACGGAACCUCGUCUUCUAGUUCCCUAUAAACGUGUUCAUACCCUUCAAACACGAUCAGCUACUAGAUCAUCUUUACAAUCAUCACUGGCUUGUUGCGAGGAACAGUCUCCAUAUAUCAAACAAUUUUUCCACUCAAAAUCUCAGCAAUAUAAGAAAAUGAAAGUUGAAUGGAGAUACAAUGUUUACCUUGCUCGAUCUCGAAUAGCUGGACUUGGUCUUUAUGCUGCUCGAGAUAUUGAAAAACACACAAUGAUCAUUGAGUAUAUUGGUCAGCUGAUAAGAAAUGAAAUUGCUGAGAGAAACGAGAGAUUAUAUGAAACACAGAAUCGUCGAGGUGUUUAUAUGUUCAGAUUGGACGAGAAUCGUGUUGUUGAUGCCACAUUAAGAGGCGGUUUGGCUCGAUACAUUAAUCACUCCUGUAAUCCAAAUUGUGUCGCUGAAAUUGUUCAAAUUGACCGAGAAAAUAAAAUCCUGAUCAUUGCAAGUCGUAAAAUAGCAAGAGGUGAAGAGUUAACAUAUGAUUAUCGUUUUGACGUGGAAGAUGAUGCCUCUAAGAUCCCUUGUCUCUGUGGAGCACCUAAUUGCCGUAAAUGGAUGAAUUAAAAGAAAAACCAACACCAACAAAUAAUGUAAAUAAAUCAAAUUAACGCAGACAACAAUUGGACAACAAUUAACCAAAACAUGCGAAAUCGUUUUUAAUGGAAUUAAAACAAAGAGAAAAACAAAAUCAACACAUUACAUUAAAACAAAACACACACAUACAAACAUACACACACACACACAUAACAAAAUUACAUACUACCCACUCCCCUAUCAUACAAAAACUACAUAAACACACACACCACCACCACCACCACAACACCAACACACACAACCAUCAUAUUCAUAUAUAUAUAUAAAAAUCAACAAAAAAACUAAACCACAUAACACACAAAGAAAUGACAGAGUUAUAUUUGGACCUAUGCUGUUUAUAUUUUUCUCUCUCCCUCCUUUUGUAAAAAUUUCACAAUACAAAUUGCGAUUAAUAUCUAAUAAUUGUAAGCUAAAAUUUAUAAGAGAUUGUUGUGCAAUAUAUGCAUCUUAUACAUUGAA